AUGGCAGGACUCAAGUGGAAAAUUCAAUGGGAAGAUUCAGGUGGAAAAUUGCAUGGCAAGUUUCAGGUGGAAAAUUCAAUGGCAAGAUUCAGGUGGAAAAUUGAAUGGCAAGAUUUAGGUGAAAAAUUCAGUGGCAAGAUCCAGGUAGAAAAUUCAAUGGGAAGAUUCAGGUGGAAAAUUCAAUGGCAAGAUUCAGGUAGAAAAUUCAAUGGCAAGAUUCAAGUGGAAAAUUCAAUGGGAAGAUUCAGGUGGAAAAUUGCAUGGCAAGAUUCAAGUGGAAAAUUCAAUGGGAAGAUUCAGGUGGAAAAUUGUAUGGCAAGAUUCAGGUGGAAAAUUCAAUGGCAAGAUUCAGGUGGAAAAUUGUAUGGCAAGAUUCAAGUGGAAAAUUCAAUGGGAAGAUUCAGGUAG